CCGUCGAGAGGUUGUACUGUAGGGGUGCGCGCGAGUGACAUGGCUGCUCAAACUCGAGCUCUCGUAGCGGCGCGAUGGCUCGCGGACGCUGUCAAAAGCAACCGAGUGGGACCAAAUCUGCGGAUAUUAGAUGCAUCUUGGUAUUUACCUAAAAUGAAACGCAACCCCAGGGCCGAGUUCGAACAAACUCACAUUCCCGGAGCUUCGUUUUUCGACAUCGACGAGUGUUGUGACAAAAGCUCAGAGUUUGAUCACAUGCUUCCUCCCGAGGGCGAGUUUGCAGACUAUGUGGGUAAUCUGGGAAUAGGGAACAACACUCAUGUCGUUGUUUACGAUGCCAGCGACUUUGGCUCGUUCUCUGCGCCACGGGUGUGGUGGAUGUUUAGGGUGUUUGGGCACAAUUCCGUGUCGGUUCUGGACGGGGGGUUAAAGAACUGGUUAAGGGAGGGUCAUCCCGUUACCGACCAAUAUAGUAAACCAGCGCGUGCCGACUUCAAAUCGUCCUUUAACAAGUCCUGGGUCAAAACUUAUGAAGACGUUUUGAACAACAUUAAAACCAAUGCAUUUCAAGUAGUCGACGCCAGAGCCAAUGGACGAUUUCGUGGUGUUGAACCAGAGCCAAGGCCAAACACAGAGCCUGGUCAUAUUCCUGGAUCCAUCAACAUGCCUUUUCAGAGCUUCAUGGACCCGACAACAGGUCUAGAGCAUCCUGUGGAGGAACUCACCAAGCUCUUCCAGCAGGCUGGAGUUGACAUGCAGAAGCCCUUCUGGGUCACCUGUGGCUCAGGUGUGACAGCCUGUCACAUCGCCCUCGCCGCUCACCUGUGCGGCCACCCGGAGGUCUGUCUGUACGAUGGGGCAUGGUCCGAGUGGUUCGCCAAGGCUGCACCUGAACAUGUGAUCUCUGAGGGAAAGGGAACACAGCCAUGAUUAAUGGUUUCUCAGACACCUUUUCUUUGGAAUAAAGAACUGAUGACUAAUGGUA